UCAAUUAUAACGUGUUAAUCCCGCCCGCGCAAACCGCGCGUGUUUAAUAUUACGCGCGUGACAUUCUGCGUGUUUAAUAUUACGUGAUUUACACAAUCAAUGGAUUACCACUGUUACAAUAUCUGUAAGACUUUAGUUAAGAUGCUCUCUGUUUGCGAAAUAUGUCAACCAAUGGCUGCGCCGUCGUCACGGGUGAACUGGGCGUUUACUUAAAGCGAAGCCGCGGAGUCUCCACAGCGGUCACCUGGUCGCUAUUACGCGCGUGCAUGUGUGAUACUGAAGUUACACAAGCGGUGAGGAGGGUGUUUUCCCCGAGUGGAAGCCUGCACGAGGAGAACAGGACUACUGUGUAUAUCUGAAUAUCAAGAAAGUCAAUACGAAGUCGUUCAUGGAGCCAGUAGGGAAAGAUGCCAGGACUAAUCCGGCUGCUUCCGCAAAUAUAUUCUCUCAGAUACUUUUCUGCUGGUUAAAUCCUCUAUUUCGCAUUGGAUACAGAAGAAGACUUGAGGAAGAUGAUAUGUAUAAACUCCUUCCUGAGGACAGCUCCAAUAAACUCGGCGAGGAACUUCAGUGCUAUUGGGACCAUGAAGUGGCGAUGGCGUCUAAAGAGCUUCGAGCUCCUAAACUUACCAAAGCCAUUAUCAAGUGUUAUUGGAAGUCAUAUACCAUCUUGGGGAUAUUCACCUUUGUUGAGGAAUUUAUUAAGUUGGUUCAGCCUGUGUUUCUGGGGAAACUUAUUCAGUAUUUUGAGAACUAUGAUCCAGAUAACAUUGACGCACUUCAUGAGGCCUAUGGCUAUGCUGCUGGGGUGUCUGUCUCCACGCUGGUCCUCGCGUUAAUGCACCACCUCUAUUUCUUCCAUGUCCUGAGAGCUGGCAUGAGAUUUCGCGUCGCCAUGUGUCACAUGAUUUAUAAGAAGGCAUUGUGCCUUAAUAGCGUUGCUAUGGGAAAGACCACUACAGGACAGACUGUCAACCUUUUAUCCAAUGACGUCCACAAAUUUGAUGAGGUUACAAUUUUCUUGCACUUCCUGUGGGUGGGGCCACUGCAAGCUAUUGCUGUCGUUGGCCUUCUGUGGCAGGAGAUUGGACCUUCAUGCUUGGCGGGAAUGGCAGUGCUCAUUUUUCUGAUGCCCCUGCAAACCCUAUUUGGGAAACUUUUCUCCAAAUUCAGGAAUAAGACUGCAGUCCUUACUGACAGUAGAAUACGCACAAUGAAUGAAGUGGUGUCUGGAAUUCGAAUUAUUAAGAUGUAUGCAUGGGAAAAGCCAUUUGCAGCAUUGAUCAACAACAUCAGGAAAAAAGAAAUUUCUAAAAUCAUGGACAGCUCCUACCUGCGUGGUCUGAACAUGGCCUCCUUCUUUGCUGCAAGCAAAAUCAUUGAAUUUUGCACAUUCACUGUGUAUGUGUUGUUGGGAAACACAAUCACAGCCAGCCGUGUGUUUAUGGCUGUGUCACUAUACUCUUCCGUCCGCCUCACUGUUACACUCUUCUUUCCUUCUGCCAUUGAAAAAGUGUCUGAGGCCAGCAUCAGCAUCCGUAGGAUCAAGAACUUCCUUAUGUUGGAUGAGUUGGUUAAACGCAAUGUUGUAGUUCCUAAAGAGAAGGGGGAAGUGUCUGUGGAGCUCCGGGAUCUCAGUUGCUCCUGGGAAAAGAGUCUUGAUGUUCCAACCCUGCAAAACAUAUCCUUCAGUGUGAAGACAGGCCAACUUCUUGCUGUUGUUGGCCCUGUUGGCGCUGGAAAGUCUUCACUACUCAGCACCAUACUUGGAGAGCUGUCACCAGACAAAGGCGUAGUGAAAGUUACUGGAAAUCUGACCUAUGCUUCUCAACAGCCCUGGGUGUAUCCAGGUACCAUCCGCAGCAACAUCCUGUUUGGGAAGGAGCUACAUCCACAAAGAUAUGAAAAUGUUCUAAAGGCCUGUGCUCUUAAGAAGGACAUGGAGUUACUCCCCCAGGGAGAUAUGACUGUGAUCGGGGACCGAGGGGCAACGCUCAGUGGAGGUCAGAAGGCUCGAGUUAACCUGGCCAGGGCUGUGUAUCAGGAUGCUGAUAUUUACCUGUUGGAUGAUCCCCUGAGUGCAGUCGAUGCAGAAGUGGGUCGACAUCUGUUUAAUCAGUGUAUUUGUGGCAUUCUAAAGAAGAAACCAAGGAUCCUGGUGACUCACCAGCUUCAGUACCUGAAAGCAGCUGACCAUAUACUGGUUUUAAAAGAGGGUCACAUAGUGGUACAGGGCACAUACGCAGAGCUUCUUUAUUCAGGUGUGGACUUCACAUCUCUGUUAAAGAAGGAUGAGGAAGAAGAGCACGUAGGAGGGCCUGGAGCCAUGGAGCAAUCUCGCAGCCGAACCCUUUCACAGAACUCUGUUCGCUCAGGGACCUCAUCAGUAGUGUCUGAUAAAGAUGGAGCAGAUCAGCUACCUACAGAACUUGGUCAAACUAUGUCAGAUGAGAGCCGCUCUGAGGGGAACAUAGGGUUCCGCAUGUAUCUGAAGUACUUAACUGCUGGAGUCAACACAUUUAUGUUGCUUAUCCUUGUUGUACUCAACUUGCUCGCACAGACAUCCUAUAUUCUUCAAGACUGGUGGCUUGCAAACUGGGCCACAGAACAGGAGAAGCUAGAUGUUCUAAACCAAAAUCUUACCCUCACCAAUAACAUGAAUGUUACUCAUCAGCUCUCCAUUGAUUUUUACCUGGGCAUUUAUUCAGGUUUAACAAUGACAACGCUCCUUUUUGGAUUCACACGCAGUUUGAUGAUGUUUAAUGCUUUAGUGCGCUCUGCCCAGGUGCUCCACAGUCGCAUGUUCAACUGUAUUCUCAGGACCCCUGUUCACUUUUUUGACAUUAAUCCUAUAGGAAGAAUUCUUAAUCGGUUCUCAAAGGACAUUGGUCACGUAGACUCCAUGUUGCCCUGGACAUUUGUGGACUUUAUCCAAGUGUUUUUGCAAAUCAUAGCUGUCAUUGCUGUGGCUACUUCAGUCAUCCCAUGGAUUCUGAUCCCUGUACUGCCCCUUCUUAUUGUCUUCCUUUUUUUACGUCGCUACUUCCUACAGACUUCGCGUGAUAUCAAGCGGCUUGAAGCCACUACUCGAAGCCCUGUUUUUUCUCACUUAUCAUCCUCACUGCAAGGCCUAAGUACUAUUCGUGCCUUUAAGGCUGAAGAAAGAUUCCAGCAAACCUUUGAUUCCUAUCAAGACGUGCACUCAGAGGCCUGUUUUUUAUUCCUGACCACUUCACGCUGGUUUGCCGUGCGUCUGGAUGGAAUGUGUUCGGUGUUUGUCACCAUCACUGCCUUUGGAUGCCUUCUGCUGAGAAACAGUCUGGAGGCAGGUGCUGUUGGCCUAGCCCUGUCCUAUGCUGUAACCUUGAUGGGCAUGUUCCAGUGGGGUGUCAGGCAGAGUGCUGAAGUUGAGAACCUGAUGACUUCAGUAGAAAGAGUUGUAGAAUACACAGAGCUGGAGAAUGAAGCACCAUGGGAAACAAAGAAGCCUCCUCCUGAAUGGCCGAGUCAGGGAUUGAUUACUUUUGACCAGGUCAAUUUUUCAUAUAGUUCCAAUGGGCCUGUUGUGCUGAAAAACUUAACAGCAGUGUUCAGACCAAAAGAAAAGGUUGGCAUCGUAGGAAGGACAGGUGCAGGAAAGAGUUCUCUGAUCUCUGCACUCUUCCGCCUGGCAGAGCCCCAUGGAAAGAUUUAUGUGGACGGCUUGCUAAUUUCUGAUAUUGGCCUCCAUGACCUUCGCCAGAAAAUAUCUAUUAUUCCUCAAGAUCCAGUGUUAUUUACUGGGACCAUGAGGAAAAACCUAGACCCAUUCCAAGAGUACAUGGACAAGGAUCUAUGGAAUGCUUUAGAUGAGGUCCAGCUGAAACCUGUGGUGGAGGAGUUGCCUGGUAAACUAGAGACUGUGCUGGCUGAAUCUGGUUCUAACUUCAGUGUUGGUCAGCGGCAGCUUGUGUGUCUUGCCAGGGCCAUCCUGAGGAGGAACCGAAUCCUUAUUAUUGAUGAAGCAACAGCUAAUGUUGACCCCAGAACAGAUGAGCUUAUUCAGAAGACCAUACGGGAUAAGUUCCAAGAGUGCACUGUCCUAACCAUUGCCCACAGACUCAACACAAUCAUAGACAGUGACCGAAUACUAGUUCUCAGUGCGGGCAGCAUACAUGAGUUUGAUGAGCCCCAUGUGCUGCUCCAGGACAAGGAUGGAAUCUUCUACAAGAUGGUGCAACAGACAGGAAAAGCAGAGGCUGCCUCGUUAAUACAGAUGGCCAAAGAGGCAUAUAAGAACUCCCGUCAACCAAAGUUGAACACUGGUGUGACCUCCAGCAAAGAAACUACCCUGGUUAUCUUUGAGACUGCUCUGUGAGAGUCUAAUGCAAUUGUGUUUGGAGGAUUCCUGCAGCUAGCACAUCACAUGCAACUACAGAAGACUGAUUAUUUCUGACAUCUGUACAUAAUUUAUGUGUUCAAUAAUAUAUUCAACCCAUGUCACAUUCUUUUUUUUUAUUUUUGCUGUUUUGCAAAACCAAAUGUCUUUAUUUUGUUAAAUCAAGAGAUAACACUAAAUAUGUUUUUAAAAACAUAUUUGCAUUAAGUUUAAUACUUAAGUUUAAGUCAGUUGUGUAUGUGUGUUUAGCUCUGUUUUUGCACAAUAAAUGGUAUAUCUGAUCAGUCCUGCUUUCAUUAACACCAUGGAAUGCUACUUGAUGUUUUGCCACAGAUCUGGAGCACCUGUCAGCGUUCCAUUUAAUACUUGAGGUAUUCAUCAUGAUUGCGGACAGGGUUCCGUCUAUAACACACGAGUUUGACGACCUUGGCGAACAAUGUCCUUAAAAACCUAAUUGACUGCAUUGGUAAUGAAGUCAUCAGUGCCUAUUAACCAUUAUAGUGGUCUAUGAUAAUUAGGAGAAAGCUCAAUAAUGCAUAUACGUAUGUUGGCUAUUCGGAGGAAUUUGAUUUUCAUUCUUAUUUAGAAAACAGACACUGUAAACCUUUAGCCAGGCUGAAUAAAGCAAAGAGCUCCAA